AUGAUGUCCACUGAAGGGAUCAACGACCGGGAAUCUGUAUUGCGCAUCGCCCGGGAGAACGACGUGAAGUUCGUGCGCCUAUGGUUCACCGACAUUCUGGGCAAACUGAAGGGCUUUGCCAUCAAUGUCGAUGACCUGGAAGAUGCCCUCGAACUGGGCGUGGGCUUUGACGGCUCGGCCAUCGACGGUUUUGCGCGGCACCACGAGAGUGAUAUGCGGGCUUUCCCCGACCCUGCCACUUUCACCCUCCUGCCCUGGCGACCGCGCCAGAACGCCGUGGCCCGGAUGAUCUGCAACAUUCGGCAACCCCGCGGCCAGACCUUCCCCGGCGACCCUCGCUAUGUGCUCAAACGCAACCUGGAGAAGGCCGCCGCAUUGGGCUUCACCUACUACGUAGGCUCCGAGUUGGAGUUCUUUUACCUGAAAAACGCCCAAACUCCGGAACCGCUGGAUUUUGACGGUUAUUUCGACCAGCUGUCCAGCUAUCCGGCCUCCGACCUGCGUCGCGACACGGUGCUGAACCUGGCGGAAAUGGGCAUCCCGGUAAAAUAUUCCCACCACGAGGGGGCGCCCAGCCAGCACGAAAUUGACCUGGAACAUACCGAUGCGCUGGCGAUGGCAGACAAUCUGAUGACCGCCAAACUGGUCAUCAAGGAGCUGGCCCAACUCCAGAAUGUUCACGCCACGUUUAUGCCCAAGCCCAUUUCCGGCAUCAACGGGUCAGGCUUGCACCUGCACCAGUCCCUGUAUCGAGAAGGCAGCAACUGUUUCUACGACGCUGACGAUGAGCAGUACCUGUCGGUGCUGGGCAAACAAUUCAUCGCCGGCUUGAUUGCCCACGCACCGGAAAUCACCGCCGUGACCAACCAGUGGGUUAACUCCUACAAGCGACUGGUGCCCGGUUACGAAGCUCCGGUUUACGUCUCCUGGACCCAUGUGAACCGGUCCGACCUGGUGCGCGUUCCAUCCUACAAACCCGGCGCCGAGAGUUCCAUCCGCGUAGAAUAUCGGGCGGCUGACCCGGCGUGCAAUCCCUACCUGGCGUUCAGCGUCAUGCUGGCAGCCGGACUCCGGGGCAUCGAGGGACAGUACCAGGUGCCGCCGCCGGUGGUUGGCAACGUCCUGGAAAUGACCCCCCAGCGUCGCCAGUCGCUGGGGAUCCGCACUUUGCCCGGCAGCCUGGGCGAGGCCAUCAACCUGGCGGAAAAUAGCGAGUUGCUGUACGAGGCGCUGGGCGACCACGUGUUCAACAGCCUGAUCGAAAAUAAAAAGAUUGAAUGGGAAGACUAUCGUUCGACGGUUACCGACUACGAAGUCUCCCGGUACCUUUCCACCCUGUAA